AUGAGUCAAACUGGCUUUGAGUGCACUCCAGCUGGCUUUGAGUGCACUCCAGCUGGCUUUGAGUGCACUCAAGCUGGCUUUGAGUGCACUCCAGCUGGCUUUGAGUGCACUCCAGCUGGCUUUGAGUGCACUCCAGCUGGCUUUGAGUGCACUCAAGCUGGCUUUGAGUGCACUCCAGCUGGCUUUGAGUGCACUCCAGCUGGCUUUGAGUGCACUCAAGCUGGCUUUGAGUGCACUCCAGCUGGCUUUGAGUGCACUCCAGCUGGCUUUGAGUGCACUCCAGCUGGCUUUGAGUGCACUCCAGCUGGCUUUGAGUGCACUCCAGCUGGCUUUGAGUGCACUCCAGCUGGCUUUGAGUGCACUCCAGCUGGCUUUGAGUGCACUCCAGCUGGCUUUGAGUGCACUCCAGCUGGCUUUGAGUGCACUCAAGCUGGCUUUGAGUGCACUCCAGCUGGCUUUGAGUGCACUCCAGCUGGCUUUGAGUGCACUCAAGCUGGCUUUGAGUGCACUCCAGCUGGCUUUGAGUGCACUCCAGCUGGCUUUGAGUGCACUCAAGCUGGCUUUGAGUGCACUCCAGCUGGCUUUGAGUGCACUCCAGCUGGCUUUGAGUGCACUCAAGCUGGCUUUGAGUGCACUCCAGCUGGCUUUGAGUGCACUCCAGCUGGCUUUGAGUGCACUCCAGCUGGCUUUGCAUAA